UGCACCUGUUUAAUUUUGUCCCCUUCUGACACCUUGUGGAUUAGUCCUGUGCACACACAUUUCCUCAUCUGUUUGUGGGAGUAGACUGAUGAUAUCCCCCCUCAUGUACUGGAAGUGGUAUGAUCCUAUGAGUGUUAGAGAUCAGUAGAUUAAUCCAUCGGUGUGCAGUAUUGGGGGUGUGAAGGGGUUGCAGCAGGUGGGAUAUGAGCCAUUGGAUUGUUUGUCUGUCUGUGGAUGAGAGUCUUUCUAUGUCACAAGAUUUAUUGUACUUGGCUUUGUCUAGGAGUUGAGAAAACAACAUGCCAGAAGGUCCCACAGUGAGGAAGUUCUGUUCCGUGACCUUGCCGUUUAUGGGCCAGCAGGUGACGAAGGUCGGUGGCAGCACAAAACAGAUUCUUCUUCAGGACUUGAUGGAAAAGAAGUUCCAAGACUGCCAGGUUCAUGGGAAGAACUUAUACCUAGCGUUUUGUUGCAGUAUAAAUAAACAAGAGAAGGUUGAUAAUGUGAGUACGCAGGAUAAUGGGAAGUCGGAGGAAGACUGUUCAUUGAUAAGUGAGCCCUCCACAGCUCCUAGAGACAAGAUCACAACCGAAACAAGCGAGGAGACCCUGGUGCGCAAGUGGCUGCGCUUUCACUUUGGUCUUUUUGGAAGCGUAAGAGCCAACGAGUUAUCCCGUGCUAAAAGGGGAAACAAAAAAGGAGACUGGAAAGACCCAACUCCCAGGUUAAUUGUCCACUUUGAUGGCGGGGGUUUCUUGGUAUUCUACAAUUGCCGGAUGACCUGGUGUUCUUGUCCAUUUGUGGAGCCGACUUCUGAUAUCUUGUGUCCAGAGUUUGAUAAAGAAAAGGCCCUUCGUGCCCUCUCCAACCCCAGACCCGUCUGCAUCACCCUAAUGGAUCAAUCAGUCUUCUCUGGAGUAGGUAACAUUAUUAAGAAUGAAAUUCUAUACUUGGCACGUGUCCAUCCACUAUCGCUGGGUUCCGUUCUUCCUGUGGAGACCCUGAUUGCUCUAAUAAACUAUGCUGUAACCUUUACUGCUGACUGGCUGAAUGACAAGAUGAAGAGGAAAGCACUGCACUACCACAUCUACAUGAAGGAGCAAUGUGAAAAUGGCCAUCCAGUGGUCAAAGAGGCCAUUGGCCCAACAUAUGGGUUGAAGAGGCUGACCUGGUUUUGUCCUAUAUGCCAGAAAUUGGUCAGGUCUGGAGAUAUUGUGCAGCCUGCACCGGAGUAAGUCACCCUUGUGUCCGAGAUGAAGCUUUCACUUUAUGUCCCUGGUGCCCGAUUUGCACCCCUUUGGCACUUAUUGUGCAGCCCUUAGGGCCCUUGAAGAAAAUAUGUUUUUCUUACCUAGGUUCUUGCUCAGGGCAGUGAAGAAAAAAAAUUGUCAUUAGCCUGGGUUGUAUUGGUUAAAAAUGUUGGUUUAUGUCUUUCAAUAUGAAGGAGCAAUGUGAAAAUGGCCAUCAAGUAGUCAGAGACUGUAGGCUUAUCAUAUGGACUAUGGAGGUGGACCUGGUAUUGUCCUACAUGCCAGAAAAUGGUCAAGUCUGAAGUUGUUGUGCAGCCUGCCAUGGAGUAAAUCACUCAUGGGUCAGGGAUGAAACUUAAAUCGGUGGUUCACCCUAAAAAACAAGUUUCUACCAUGAAAUCCAGCAUACUAGCGUGAGCU